UUCCCGGUCGUGAGCAGCGGGUCUGUAAGCAAAGGAAAGGUCUCGGUGGAGGCUGCCAGAUGCCCCAGUCAUAAUUAAAAGCAGGACUGGUCAAGCCGACGGUUAUUAUGUUUACGUUGGGAGCCUGUUAAAUGAUGGAGACCGUGGAAAUGUCAGCAUUCAACAUCGUCUCCACCGUCAAAGCCUUGAGGUGUGCGCUGCGGAGGGAGGGCGACGCUGUGCAUUCCGAUAGCGGGGAGAGGAACGAGAAGCUUUGGUUCAAAGAGAGCAGCGCCAAAAAUCUGAGAAACAGAGACUUCCUGGCACCCAACACAGUCCUGGCCACGCUUUACGCCGACGGACAGGUUCCUUCGGCGGUGCUGAGCCGUGUCCUUACUCUCCGGGGCUGUGGUGUGUUACCUGUAGCAGGUUGUGAAGUGACAACGGAGGGCUUGCGUGUUACUGUUGACCGCUGUGCCGCAUUUCGAGGUGUGCUGUGUGGGGCGUCUGCAUAUCUAAGGUCUGCAGCUCAGAAACAGGGGUGUGUCCUUAUCAAUUGCCCCGCCCUACAUGCCAAGCAAGCCCCACCCUCUCCAGACACGCUUACUCUAGGGCAGCUGCGUACUGUUCUCAUCGCGGACCACCUAGGAGCACUGCUCAGGAGGCAAGGUUACUCGGUGUCCUUCUGUCCUGCCUUGCCCAAGGAAAGUGACAUCACCGGCUUCCUCGGAACGCUGGGCAUAGACUGGCCAACAGUGUCUGUCAGCUGGACCGGUGAGGAGAGAGAGGAGAAGAUGAGGAACUCCCUUGAGAACUGUACCUACAGAGAGAGAGAGAAGGAGAAAGAAAAGAGGUGGAGCAGAGGCGAGGGAGUGGAGGCGGGGCAUGGAGGGAAGAGGGAAGAGGUCUGGAUAAACCUUAAACGAGUCAUAGAAGAGGUGGAGUUGCAGGGUUAUGACCCCAGUCUUGGCACAUGCACAGUGCAGAAGGAGGCAUUGUGCCACCUGGCCCAGCUGGACAGAGCUACAGCGGACUUUCCUGGGUCCUUGGCAACAGUGCUGCAUGUCACUUCCUGUCAGGACGAGUUCCGCCAGCAGCAGAUAGCCAUGCUAUGGAGAGCGUCAGGCGCCACGGCAACACAGAGGUUGGUAGUUUGCGGUCCAGUUAAAACCCCUGGUACUCAGAUGACUUCAGCUCAGUAUCUGCAGUUAAAAAGAGCUCAGAUGAAGGAAGCUUCUGAAAUGAAGUAUGGAGAUCAAGUGGAAGGACAGACUUGGGAUGACAUCAUCAGGGUGAUGACCUGCGCUACAGUUCGGUUCGAGCUGCUUUCCACUGUACACACAAGCCCAGUGACUCUUGAAGUACAGCGUGAAGGAGGCGUGUCCACAAAGGGCCCCAGGGGAGGAGUAUUUGUUAUGUAUAACUGUGCUAGACUUCACACUCUGUUCAGCAGCUAUGAGAAAGGAGUAGAGCAAGGUCUCUACCCAGAAGUUCCUGCAGGUACAGAGCUUGACUUUUCUGCUCUCAAAGAGGAGGGGGAGUGGCUUCUUCUCUUCAAUUACCUCAUUCCAUUUGCUGAGCUUCUGGACCAAUCAGGACAGGCACUGGACCUUGAGGGCAGUGGAGCCAGAGUUAAUUUAAGAACUGAACAGGCUUGCAGAUUCUUGGUGUCUCUCAGUAAAGACUUCAGUUCUUAUUACAACAGAGUCCAUGUGCUGGGGGAACCAUUACCUCACCUCUUCAAUCAGAUGUUUUGCCGGUUGUUGUUGCUAAAGGCUUUGAGAGAACUUUACCACAGUGCACUGGACUCCCUAAAUCUACCCCCUAUUCCUCAGCUAUAACUUAAUCAUCCCAGGUAGCCAUCAUACGACCACGAUGCACCUAUGAUCCAUGGCAGAAGAACCCCAAAUUGACCCCAGAAUGUUCCAGAACAACAGGGAACCAGGAACAGGGAAAACCACCAGUGUUCAAAGUCUCAGUUUGUCCUCUGAUAUGCAAUUAAAAUACCGUUGCUAUUUUUGGUUCUGAAGUAUCCUGUAGACGCCAUUAAAUCCCUGAAACUCAAAAUGCAUCUCUUAACUCAAAUACCUCUCAAAGGCCUCUGACAGCAAUGGAUCAACUAGAACAGCACUCUCUGUAGAGAUGUACCUUACCUCUCUGUGAACACGUACGGCUGGAACGGUUCUGCCCCCCUGCCGCCCUGCCACGCUCCUUCACAGCUGUGCCAACUGUUGUUCUCAGAAAUAACUAAGCAGCUCAGAAAGCCCCUUCUUCUCAGAUAAUGAUCUAAUACGCACUCAAUGGCGGUCACUUCCCUCCUACUUCCCCUCAUCUCAUUAAUAUUCAUCCACUGAUUUUCAUACGUCUGCCUGUCUAAGGCCAGAUAUAAUGACUUGCCACAGUAUUGAACAUAAACCCCACUCUCAUAACUGACUCCUUUGCAUAACUCUUGCCUCAUUAUUUACUUGGUUAUUGGGGAUAAUUCCGUCGAUCACAUCGGUAUCACUUGUCCCCUUUUGUAAUUAUUUCCUACCUUUCAGGCCCAUUACUGCCCUGUCAUGCCUAUCGUUUCUGUACAUAUGCUGGCUUUUAUAACCGCCAUUUGCUUCUAUACCAUUUCUGCCCCCAAACUGACUUGACUGGCAUGACUGUUACCCUUUUCUUUAACUGCCCC